AUGGUACAAUGUUGGGUGGCUGAUUUGAGCCCUUUGUGUACUAUGGUAUGGCUGGAGUAUGGGGUAGCUCAGCUGGUGUCUGGUUAUUUCGGAGAAGAACAGGAAAGAGAUCUCCAAGUACAGGCUAUUUUGGACAAGCAAAGCUAUAGUGGUUAUGGAAACGAGUGGUGCUGGAAAAUGUUCUUUCUGAUUUUAUGGAUUAUGUUCGUGAUCUGCUGCAACAAAAAUGCAAUGGAUGGUAGCUCAGAUUAUGAAAGAGUUUUUAAGGAAAUAGAGGAGCACAGGAUUUGCAUACGCAAAGCGCUGCUUUAUGAAUCAUUUGCUUUGUUUCUGGAAGUAAAAGGCAGACUGAUAGAUGCUUGUAUGAUUUAUCAUCUUGGCAUCUCAAGAAAUGCUGAGCCACUGGGGAGACUAAAAAAAGCUCAGGUUCUAUUUCUCGAGAGAAUGUCUGAAAGAGUAACUAAUGGAUCAUUUCAAAAGAUGAAAAAUGACAUUUCUGUAGAGGACGGAGAGAAUUUUAUUAAUCCAUGGUCUGUCUCAACCCUCAAAAAUCUACUGCAAAAGAUGAAUUCUAAAGUUGUGGAAUAUGAGGGAUACCAUUCAAGUAAUAAAGCAUAUCCUGGAAAAGUGGCGUUAUCCUCCUUGCAGAAAUCAGCUAAAAAUAAAGACAUCACUAUAGGUAGAGAGAAUUAUCAGAUCAGAGGUCGUGCAGGUCAGGGUGGGUUUGCUCAGGUGUUCAAAGCAUAUGUUGACGGCCAACCUGAUGAUGUCGUUGCCCGUAAGAUUCAAAAGCCUCCAUUUCCUUGGGAGUUUUAUAUGUACCGCCAACUCGACAUUAGGAUUCCUGAAAAAGAAAAGAGUUUUGGCUUUGCUCACAGAUUGCACCUCUAUUCUGACUACAGUGUCAUAGUCUCUGAUUAUUUUGCUCAUGGGACUCUACAGGAUGCCAUGAACUGUAAUGUGGUUACAAGUGGAUCUAUGGACGAAGUAUUAUGUAUCUAUUACACCAUUGAGAUGCUUCAAAUCCUAGAGACUCUGCAUGGUGCUGCAAUGAUCCAUGGCGACUUCAAACCCGAUAAUUUGCUCAUACGAUAUUCUAGGUUGACAGCAUACUUGGCGCCCGUGGCGAUGCUUUUGAGCAUGAGGCAACUAGAAGAAUGCGUAAUGAAUUUAUGGUAGCUUGGGAUGGCUUGAGGUCAAAAGACAACCGGAGAAUCAUAGCAGGUUGAUUAACUAGUUCUUGAGGACUUGGUGCUAGAAACAUUGUAUGAUAGAUUUUUGUUUUAGCUAUAAGGUAGUUGGUAUUUUCAAUUUUGAAUCGGAAUAUGCAAUGAUGAUGUAUACUUGAUAUUUGGUUCAUUUGUAUAAUAAUGUAUGAAUAUUUUGGAUGAUAUAUAAUAUUGUU